AUGCCAGAUCUGCCUGGGCAACAAUCUCCCCACGUCCCUCCCCCACUGACAUCCAAACCAACCCCGCUUACCUCCCCGCCACCUCCGCCUCCUUGCUCCCCCCGCGCCCUUCCUCAACCUCCAGCAGCAGCACCUCCAGCAGCAGCAGCAGCAGCAGCAGCAGCAGCAGCAGCAGCAGCAGCAGCAGCAGCAGCAGCAGCAGCAGCAGCAGCAGCAGCAGCAGCAGCAGCAGCAGCAGCAGCAGCAGCAGCAGCAGCAGCAGCAGCAGCAGCAGCAGCAGCAGCAGCAGCAGCAGCAGCAGCAGCAGCAGCAGCAGCAGCAGCAGCAGCAGCAGCAGCAGCAGCAGCAGCAGCAGCAGCAGCAGCAGCAGCAGCAGCAGCAGCAGCAGCAGCAGCAGCAGCAGCAGCAGCAGCAGCAGCAGCAGCAGCAGCAGCAGCAGCAGCAGCAGCAGCAGCAGCAGCAGCAGCAGCAGCAGCAGCAGCAGCAGCAGCAGCAGCAGCAGCAGCAGCAGCAGCAGCAGCAGCAGCAGCAGCAGCAGCAGCAGCAGCAGCAGCAGCAGCAGCAGCAGCAGCAGCAGCAGCAGCAGCAGCAGCAGCAGCAGCAGCAGCAGCAGCAGCAGCAGCAGCAGCAGCAGCAGCAGCAGCAGCAGCAGCAGCAGCAGCAGCAGCAGCAGCAGCAGCAGCAGCAGCAGCAGCAGCAGCAGCAGCAGCAGCAGCAGCAGCAGCAGCAGCAGCAGCAGCAGCAGCAGCAGCAGCAGCAGCAGCAGCAGCAGCAGCAGCAGCAGCAGCAGCAGCAGCAGCAGCAGCAGCAGCAGCAGCAGCAGCAGCAGCAGCAGCAGCAGCAGCAGCAGCAGCAGCAGCAGCAGCAGCAGCAGCAGCAGCAGCAGCAGCAGCAGCAGCAGCAGCAGCAGCAGCAGCAGCAGCAGCAGCAGCAGCAGCAGCAGCAGCAGCAGCAGCAGCAGCAGCAGCAGCAGCAGCAGCAGCAGCAGCAGCAGCAGCAGCAGCAGCAGCAGCAGCAGCAGCAGCAGCAGCAGCAGCAGCAGCAGCAGCAGCAGCAGCAGCAGCAGCAGCAGCAGCAGCAGCAGCAGCAGCAGCAGCAGCAGCAGCAGCAGCAGCAGCAGCAGCAGCAGCAGCAGCAGCAGCAGCAGCAGCAGCAGCAGCAGCAGCAGCAGCAGCAGCAGCAGCAGCAGCAGCAGCAGCAGCAGCAGCAGCAGCAGCAGCAGCAGCAGCAGCAGCAGCAGCAGCAGCAGCAGCAGCAGCAGCAGCAGCAGCAGCAGCAGCAGCAGCAGCAGCAGCAGCAGCAGCAGCAGCAGCAGCAGCAGCAGCAGCAGCAGCAGCAGCAGCAGCAGCAGCAGCAGCAGCAGCAGCAGCAGCAGCAGCAGCAGCAGCAGCAGCAGCAGCAGCAGCAGCAGCAGCAGCAGCAGCAGCAGCAGCAGCAGCAGCAGCAGCAGCAGCAGCAGCAGCAGCAGCAGCAGCAGCAGCAGCAGCAGCAGCAGCAGCAGCAGCAGCAGCAGCAGCAGCAGCAGCAGCAGCAGCAGCAGCAGCAGCAGCAGCAGCAGCAGCAGCAGCAGCAGCAGCAGCAGCAGCAGCAGCAGCAGCAGCAGCAGCAGCAGCAGCAGCAGCAGCAGCAGCAGCAGCAGCAGCAGCAGCAGCAGCAGCAGCAGCAGCAGCAGCAGCAGCAGCAGCAGCAGCAGCAGCAGCAGCAGCAGCAGCAGCAGCAGCAGCAGCAGCAGCAGCAGCAGCAGCAGCAGCAGCAGCAGCAGCAGCAGCAGCAGCAGCAGCAGCAGCAGCAGCAGCAGCAGCAGCAGCAGCAGCAGCAGCAGCAGCAGCAGCAGCAGCAGCAGCAGCAGCAGCAGCAGCAGCAGCAGCAGCAGCAGCAGCAGCAGCAGCAGCAGCAGCAGCAGCAGCAGCAGCAGCAGCAGCAGCAGCAGCAGCAGCAGCAGCAGCAGCAGCAGCAGCAGCACAGCAGCAGCAGCAGCAGCAGCAGCAGCAGCAGCAGCAGCAGCAGCAGCAGCAGCAGCAGCAGCAGCAGCAGCCGCCGCAGCAGCAGCCGCAGCAGCAGUUACAGCAGCUGUUUUACCCACAGCCGCAGCAGCAGCACCCAUGGGGAUCAGGGCCCCAGCCCCACUCCCCCUCCCUCCUCUCCUUCCCACUUUCCUUCUCAUCCAUCCCAGCAGCAGCAGCAGCAGCCGCAGGGGCAGCAGCAGCAGCAGCAGCAGCAGGGGCAGCAGCAGCAGCAGCAGCAGCAGCAGCAGCAGCAGCAGCAGCAGGGGCAGCAGCAGCAGCCGCAACAGCAGCAGCAGCAGCAGCAGCCACAGGGGCAGCAGCAGCGGGGGCAGCAGCAGCAGCCGCAGCAGCAGCAGCAGCCGCAGGGGCAGCAGCAGCAGCAGCAGCCGCAGGGGCAGCAGCAGCGGCAGCAGCAACAGCAGCAGCAGCAGCAGCCGCAGGGGCAGCAGCAGCAGCCACAGCAGCAGCAGCAGCAACAGCCGCAGGGGCAGCAGCACCAGGAGGGGCAGCAGCCGCAGCAGCAGCAGGGGUUCCAGCAGCACCAGCAGCAACAGCGGCGGAGGGCAACUGCCCGCUCCUCACCUUUCCUCCUCCCUCGCAUGCACACCCGCUCUCUUGA